AUGAAAGGAGUUUACAACACCAACCCUCCUCCUCUACAUAAUGAUGACGUGGUCGCCCUUGUCCCAUUUUUUGACAAAAUUUGUUCAUUUGGCCAUAAUGAGAAGAUGAAUAUAUUAUUACUAUUACAGAAGGUCGCAUUUCUCCUAGCAAUCACUAUGGCUUGUCACCCCUCAGAUUUAUCCAGAAUUGACAUUACUUCUCAAGUACAAACAGAGCAUGGCAUGAUGUUUAAUAUUAAGAACCCCAAGGAACAUAAAAUUUCAAUCACUCAUGGCAGCAACAAAUCACAAAUCAAAAGAGUAUACAUAGAGAACUAUGAAGAACUACCAGAAAUCUCACCACUAAAUGCUGUUAAUACACUUCUUAAACUAGAUAUGAUUGCGAGAUGGAUUAAGGAAAUUUUAAAAGAAGCAUCUCUGGACCUAAAGGCCAAGGAUGCAAGAUCGUUAGCAGCAUUUUACACUCAGAAUUCAGGUGCAGACUUCGCAACAAUACUUGCAAUAGGCAACUGA